AUGACGUUUUUCACGGAACAAUUGAAUCUUUUGAGGGUGAAUUGUGACCGUCUAUUUAAUACCGGUGAUGCAGAUGUCAGCUAUGAAGAAACUUUACAGAAGAUUAAAGACUGUCAUUAUCAUCACUUAUAUCUAAUGAAAUACUCGUCAGUUUUAAACAAAUUGCUAUCGCCGGUCAUGUUCCUAUAUGUUAUAAUUUGCUCUUUGAUGCUGUGUGCGAGUGCUAUACAACUAACUACGGAUGGCAUUGGUAAUAUGCAGCGUAUAUGGAUUGCGGAGUAUCUAAUGGCUCUUAUAACACAACUAUUUUUAUAUUGCUGGCACAGCAACCAAGUAUUGUGCAUGAGUAAUGAAGCUGAUAGGGGAAUCUACUCAAGCAAGUGGUACACACAAAAUACACGUGUGCGCCGUAGUCUGUUGCUUCUUGGAGGCCAAUUACGGAAAACUAUUGUGUUUACUGCUGGUCCGUUCACAAAGCUUAAUAUAGCCACUUUCGUAGCCAUACUCAAGGGAUCCUACAGUUACUACACACUUUUGGAUAAAAAGGAAGAUUGA